GUGUUCGACAUGGUCUGUGAAAUCUUGCAAAAGUUCCCGACUUCGACCGGUACCACUUGGCAGCUUUGAAUGUUUGUGACUUUAUUCUGUACUCCUAGUUCAAAAUGCACACUUUCACAUGUGUGUUUUCACAUGAAAUUGAGGCCAAGAGCUUUCAUGAUUGGUGCCUUGCUACAUUUCGUAAUGGAUAGAAACCAUUACUCAGAGCAAGGUGGAGGAUUUCAUUCUUGAUUUUUAAGCUCUAUGACUUUCGGGUUCGGACCCGAAGUAGUUCUCGGUGCAAAUGCGUGCAUAUAUGACCCAGUUCUCUUUUGUGUUGAUGAUUCUCGACCGCUGUUCUUCAAAUGCAAGCACUUAAACCACAUUGUUUAAAGAUGCUCUUCAAAUAUCUUCCUAUUUUGGCUUUGUGUCUCAUUUCCAACCUCGAUCGUGUAUCCGGGGAAGCAGAAACGGCGAACGGUCCAGUUGAAUUCGUCUGGCCAGAGCAACGUACUUGGUAUGCUGCUUGGCAAAAUAACAGUCCUUGUGGAAGAAAUGAUGGAACGGUUGGAAACCGCACAGAUUUCCCUUUGGACUCAGGGAAAGUUGCACUUGUGGCCUCCGGAGAGACCUGGGAUGUCGUCGUUCGCAUAGCAUACAUGGAUAAGCCAACCACUCAAUCGGAUUUCACUACCCAGAUUUUACACACAAUCUCCGAACUUGAUGCGGGACACCAGUGUUAUACCACACCAGAUUCUCCAUCCGAUGUCGAAGCUGGCACAAAUGCGACAAUUCAGCUUGAAUACACUUCUACAUACGAUGGAAGUGGGAACGAAACAUUUUAUGCUUGUGCAGAUAUUACUUUCGUAGAGGAGAGUGAUUUCACCGCAAGCGUCUCCUGCUUCAACGCUACUGUCACUGGUCCUUCUACCGAGGGUAUAGCGACCUCUGUCGCAACAUCAUCUGCGACCUCUACAGAGACGUCAACAAUAUCUUCGACAGCUUCAUCGUCUACCACGUCAGAAUCAUCAUCGUCGAGUUCCAGCGGGCUAUCUAAAUCAGCUGUUGCUGGUGUUGCAGUUGGUUGUAUUGCGGGUGGUCUAGCUUUGGUUGGACUUGCAGUAUUCUUGUUGAUGAAGAAAUACUCAUAUAAACCUCGAUUCAGAGGAAGAGAGCAUGUCGAAAGCGUUAGAUUGAGCUCGAUUGAUGAUAAGAUCGCACUCCAGAAAAGCUCUGUAUAGAAGCUACUAGAGGAUAUGAAAUUGCCUCUUGCGAGCCUAUAUAUUGUAGUGGUUGGAGAUGAAUACUGUGCUUUUGAUUGAGGAAACAUUCAAACAGGAUAAUUUGGCAUGAAUGGCGGAUGUUAUAAUGAACUUCAGGAAUAACAUGUGAUUAUGAGGAAUGAAUGAUGAUAAUAUAAAUUUUGAGGUACCAGAUCGAUGAGUGCAACAAGUCAAUGCGAUAUAUGUCGCUCAAUAUCUUAGAUAGAUAUCGAGAAUAAUAAAGAUUAGAGAUGCA